GUUUGAUGCUCCCUGAAGAGAAAAGCGUAAAAAAACCGACGAGGAAGUCGAAAAGGAGGAGCAGCGAGUUAGAGAGCGACAACGACGACGAGCACAAUGUUCGCGUCAAGCAGAUAAAGAAGGAGGAGGCCACGUCUCAGCUGCAGAGUGACAUCACAGUCCAGACAGACGAGCCUGUUAAGCACAGCACCGUCACCAUCCAGAGAGACGUGGUCAACGAGAUCCGGCUGGACGUUUGGUAUGAGGAGAGCGUACCUGCUCCGCAAGAAGUCCACGACUCCAUCAACGUGGCGGUUCACUACCUAGGACAGGAGGUUAUCAGACGCCAAAUCCUGGGCCCUGACGUCCGGAUAACGUACCUGCCUUCGUCCCUCCUUCCCCCGACGCCGUCUCACGUCCUGAAGGGCCGGUUUCCACGCAUCCCUCUGCCGGAGCCGCCCUCCACGCUGUCGGCCGGCCCGGAGCUGCAGGCGCUGCAAACCCUGCUGCCUUUCAUGGAGAAAGGGGUGGUGCUGACCUCCACGCAGCAGGGGGUGUACGGCAAGAGGUACUGCCAGGGGCGUGUCUUCUGGACGGGGCCGCACACGACCACGGCGGGGCUGCACAAGAUGGAGAGAGACUCUGAGCCGGUGCUGCUCUUCAGCAGAGACGCCUUCAAGCAACAGCUGGAUCUUUUCUGUUCGAAUGGAGGUGAAGCGCCUCAGUGCGGCUUCACUCUGUGUUUUGGAGAAGAGCUGAUCGCGGACGACGAUCUGUCCAGGAAACUUAUCAUCGCUCAGAUCACGUUGCCGUGGGCGGAGCAGAAGGUCCAGAACGCUCGCUCCAUCUGCGACCCCAUCAACAUCCUCAAGUCUCUGGCCAGUCAGUCUCCGCUGGAGGAAAUAACCCUGAACCUGGUCGCCAUCCCGUCUCCGACGGCUGAUACGGUCAUGUGGGGGACGCUCUGAACGCGUCAGGCAACGUGAGGGGUUCAUUCCAAAAACACCCCCCCCCCCACCCCCCACAGUUACAACCACAAUCCUACACUGACAUUUACUUUUGUCAUGUGAUCAAAAUGAUUUUAAAUUUAAAACACAAAUCUAAUCUCCCUGGAUGUGAGAUGUAAAAAAAAAAGAAAAAAAAAAAGCAGUUUGUCUGGUAAUAACAUAUUUUUUACAAUUAAGAAAUAUUUCUAUUAACUUUCUAACACUUUAAGACGGGAGCUCACAGAGUGAGCGCUGUCUCCUGGAAACUGAUCCAGGAUCUUGAAGAGAUCAUGUGGUCGACUGGAAGCACUACACGAAACUGAGAGGUCGUCUUCGCUCUAUAAAUAAUGUGACUUUAAAUCAUUUAAUCGAAGCCAGUGGUUCCCAACUGCAGGACCAGGACUCCUACAGAGCUCAAAACAAUCACAUCAAUUCACUUUCGUGUUUAAUUGACUAAUUAAGUUUAAUUUAAAAUCAGGGUUUUUGAGAAACUUAGUCUGACCUGGUUUACAGUUUACAUGCAGAGGUCAAAGGUUGGGAACCACAGCUUUCGCCCACUGAUAAUUGUGUUUAUACUACAGCACUAUAGAAACCUUGUGACAUAUUAUUCUAUAUGGGUUAGUACUAUAUACACCAUAUACUAUAACCACACAAAAAAAAAUAAUCAAACACACCUAAAGCAGGAGCUGAGAUAAUAACCCAAAGUACUUCAGUAGAACAGUAGUGAUAGAAAAUAUGCAUAUUACUAUUUUUUCUUGUUAGUUUUUUUUUUAAACACAGACGUGAGUGUAAAUACAAGUAGUGUGACUGUCGUCUUUUAAUAAAGUUUCACAAUGUUGAUGAAACAGGCAGAAAAUAGGAGCCUACAUUUCAGUGCAUUUUAGGAAUCAUGUUAUUACUACUUUAAAAUCAUAAGGAGUCAAACUUGAUAUUGGUGUUUUUAAAAGUUGCACUUAACUCCGAUGUGUUUCAGCCAUUUUAAAUGUUUUAAUGUCAGUCUCUGUUGUAGCGGAUCUGGGUAACGAGAGAUCAGCAAAAGAACAGAAACGUGUUGAAUCGAAUACUUCAGCCCUGCGGUGAAAAACAAUCUGCUGAAGCUCAGGAGAUUCAGUUUGGUUUUGACUUUUAUGAAGCUCGGUGAGAAAACAUCCUGUGUAGCACGUUUCCUCUUUCCAACCACAGUCAACGCUUCUCAAACAUCAGGUUAGGACAAAAAAACCUGCUCUGUCAAACAAAGGGCAGCGACAGUGAGGCACGAAAACACUUCGUUAUUAGAGUCUGUAAAAGUUUCAGAGAGAGAUUUCAAACGGAAUCACCUGCUCCUCCACAAACACUCACAUUUCUGAGCUUCAGCAGACGAGAACUCGCUGCACGACUUUUGUACUCUAACGCGUUUCUGUUAUUUUGUCCACCGCUGCUGUUUCAUGUAAUAUCUGUGGGGAGUAACAACAGUAAAGAAUCAAAAGAGAACGAGAAGAAAGAGAAAUAAAUAGGAGUAAUACUCAGGUGCUGAGUAACAGUGUUAAAGGUGGAUUUUCCUUAAGAUCAGCAGGUCUGGACCACAAGGCACAGUCUGACGGGGGUGGGGAAUCUGUAGGGAUUUUCUUAUUUAAGCUAUGUCGUGUCUCUGUUCAGUUGAAGAAGCAUUAAAAAUAAACGUCUUCCAAAACUCUUGUGUUGAACGUUUGGUGUUUUCAGGUUAUAAUUAAGAUUU